GCGUAUCGGUUAAUUAUGACAUAAGUCAUUAUUAAAAAAUGUAUAUUGGUUAAGUAUAGUAAAAAAAAACUUUAAUUAACAGAAAAUAAAGAUAUAUAUAUAAAAAAAUUCAAGUUAAUUUUGUUGUAUAUUAAAUAUUUCAAUUAGCGAGUCAACCUGCUUGAAUUAAAAUGUAAGAACUAAUUGUAUAGAUAAAAGUUUGGAACGUUACAUGUACAUCAAGGGGUGUGAUGUUCUAUCACCGCUGGGGAUAACGUUCGCAACUUACUACACCUCGGGCCGUUACACUUGGUUAACCAAGACAAUCGAGAUCAACGAUUGCUUGCAACACACGUCAAAGGUAGCCUCGACUGUUGGUCAGACCUGUUUCUUUCUUCUAAACAUUUUUUUUCCUUUACCUUAUUACAUGUUAUCAGUUUUUAUGCUAACAAAGAUUAAAAACAGCUGUCAAAUGAUAAGAUAAGUGACAAUGAUAGAAGAUCAAUAUGCCACGACUAAUAUUUGCCACACUCUAUCGAAAAAUUCGGAAAUACGAUGCGCGGGAUUUCACGAUACGCGAAACUAAUAUUAUUUCUAUGCGUUGGGUCCAUAAUAUUUUGUGCAAUUUUUGGUACUCUUCCAAGUAUCCUCAGAAGAGUUAAUAAUGUGGUUGUGAAACAAAUGAAACACCGACAACAAAUAAAAGAAGAAUUACUAAGAAAUGAACAGAUUGAAACAACGUCUGUACUUGGAAAAUGGCUCUUGUCUUCUGAAGGAAGUUUAACACCACCGAUAAUAAAUAAGAGAAAGGAACCGUAUUUAAUCUUAAUUUGGAAGCACGGAAUGUUUUUGGAACGUAGGCACAUCAGACGUUUUACGAAUAAAAAGUUUUCACCUUGGGAAAAUUGUACAGUAAAAUGUGUACUAAGUUACCAAUCCAAAGAUUUAAAUAUAGCAGAUGCAGUUGUGUUUCAUUUGCAUCUGACACAAAAUGUACUGGAGUUGCCAAUCAGAACACGAUGGAAUCAGAGGUGGAUCUUUUUGACUGAUGAAUCGCCAAUACACACUUUUAUCUAUGGAAAUCAACAAUUGUCUAAAUAUAAUGGUUUAUUUAACUGGUCAAUGACGUAUCGAAUGAAUAGUGAUGUGCCAAUACCUUACGGCAGAACGAUUUCUACUUCGUUUAUAAAUUCACCAAAUAUAAAUUUUUCGAAGGAUCUGAUACAAAAAUCAAAAACUAAACUGGUCACUGUGAUGGGUAGUAAUUGCGGGGGCACUAAUGAUCGAUGGAAAUAUAUUAACGAAUUGAAAGUAAUUCUCGGUAGUGAUCUUGACAUAUAUGGAAAAUGUUUAAAUGGUAAUACGACCGCAUGUCCGGGUCAUUUCGAUAAAGAUUGUUCUGUUUUAAAUUCCUACAAGUUUUAUUUAGCUUUUGAAAAUUCAAAUUGUAGAGAAUACUUAACAGAAAAAGUAUUCUGGCAUGGUUAUCACAAAUUAGCAAUACCAGUAAUAAUGGGUGCACCAAAGAAAGAUUGCGAGAAAUUAUUACCACCACAUUCGUUCCUUCACGUUAGUGAUUUUGUUAAUCCGAGAGCUUUAGCAGAUUAUAUUCGCUAUCUUAAUAAGUACGAUGAUAAAUAUUUCGAGUUCCAUGAGUGGCGUAAAUAUUACAAAGUAAUCAACGAACAUGGUUAUUUUGGCAGCAUGUCACGACAUUAUUGCCGUAUUUGCGAAGCUCUUCAUUAUAAUUCUCCUGCCCCCAAAGUGUACGAGGAUAUGGAAUUGUUUUGGAACAAAAAACGAGAUUGUACUCUCUGAUAUAUUUAAAUUUUAUUUGUCUUUGUAUUAUAUUGUUAUCACUGUUUAACGUUACUGAAUUAAAUUUUUAUCUGUUAAA